AUGUACUCCUCCGGGGAGCUCUGGAACUCUACCGAGCAGGUCUGGAUCAAUGGCUCAGAUGCAAACUUCUCUCAGGGAAGACAUGGGGACGAAGAAGAAGAGGAAGGAGAACAGCAUCCUUUUCUCACGGAUGCCUGGCUUGUCCCUCUUUUUUUCGCCCUCAUCAUGCUUGUUGGACUGGUGGGGAACUCUCUGGUGAUUUAUGUCAUCUCUAAACACAGGCAGAUGAGAACAGCAACCAACUUUUACAUAGCAAACCUUGCCGCCACUGACAUCAUUUUCUUGGUGUGCUGUGUCCCCUUCACCGCCACCCUCUAUCCUCUCCCCGGAUGGAUCUUUGGCAACUUCAUGUGCAAAUUUGUUGCCUUUCUGCAGCAGGUGACAGUCCAAGCCACCUGUAUCACUCUGACAGCAAUGAGUGGAGACCGCUGUUAUGUCACAGUGUACCCUCUGAAAUCUCUUCGCCACCGUACCCCAAAGGUUGCCAUGAUCGUCAGUGUUUGCAUUUGGAUUGGCUCCUUCAUCCUGUCCACACCUAUUUUGAUGUACCAGCGUAUAGAGGAGGGUUACUGGUAUGGUCCGAGGCAGUACUGCAUGGAGAGAUUUCCCUCAAAAACACAUGAGAGAGCUUUCAUCCUCUACCAGUUUAUUGCUGCCUACCUGCUGCCGGUCCUCACAAUCUCCUUCUGCUACACUCUGAUGGUGAAGAGAGUCGGCCAGCCCACAGUUGAACCUGUAGACAAUAACUAUCAGGUCAACCUUCUGUCUGAGAGAACCAUCAGUAUCAGAAGCAAAGUGUCCAAGAUGGUGGUCGUUAUCGUCCUCCUUUUUGCUAUCUGCUGGGGUCCCAUACAGAUCUUUGUCCUCUUUCAGUCAUUCUACCCAAACUACCGGCCAAACUACGCCACAUACAAGAUCAAGACUUGGGCUAAUUGUAUGUCGUACGCCAACUCUUCAGUCAACCCCAUAGUUUAUGGUUUUAUGGGAGCAACCUUUCAAAAGUCCUUCAGGAAAACAUUCCCCUUUCUGUUCAAGCACAAAGUCAGAGACAGCAGCAUGGCUUCAAGGACGGCGAAUGCGGAGAUCAAAUUUGUAGCUGCAGAGGAAGGAAAUAAUAAUAAUGCGCUCAACUGA